CAGGAGACUUGCUGCAUAAAGCCAUGUACUCUCUCUGUAUCAAGGAAGAUUCCGGGGGGAGUUGUUACUUUUCUCUCCCUCUUGGCUCAACCAGUAUAAUCGUUUGCAUAUCAGCGCCAAAGGUGGCGAAAGUUGUUGUGGUGCCUGUAACCGGGCGCGUCAGGUGACGCAGAGUUGAGACUUGCAGCGGGAAUGAUGGCAAGCAUGUGCUUUUACUAAUGUACAAUAUCACGAUGGAGGGGGGAAUAUCGUAGCAUUCUAUAUUUAAAGGGGUAUAGGGGAGCCUUGUAAAGAAGAGGGAAGUUGCCAUUUAUAACCAUUGACGUCGCUCAAAUAGUUCAUCGUUAAACCUACAAUCUACACAUACACACUAUCAUCAACCAAUUACACACUCAUCAUCACAUCCACAAUGACGGACAAAGGAAUCAAGGGCGAAAUCACAAACGAGCCCACCACCGAAGAACCCCCCUGCUACGAAUGCUCCUCCGGACCCGAAAUUUCCUUUGAUCCUCUCGGCACCAAAGACCGCCCUCGCCGCAUAAGCGCCCACGCGGAAGCCGACGCCGCCCGCGCCAUGCGCCGCACAAACAGCUGGACGCCCAUCUUUGAGCGCCGCCAGAGCUGGAGCAAGGAAGACCACAAGCACGCCAUGCACAUGGCUUGUAUCGACGGCGUCAAGACUGGGCCUGGUUUCACGGAGCGAUAAUUGAAAGCAAUGCAAAAACAAGCAAAAACACUUUAUUCUUUAUUCAACGGCCGGGGCGGAUCAAAGUGGAGAAGGGAUUGCGGGAACAGAACACCGCUCGGGAAGGAAGCCUCGAAAGGGACCAAAAUGGAACGAGGAAUUAUGGAACAAACCUGGGACAUCAAAACUGUUCGUGGCGAGAGAAAGAGUAUUGUCAUGAGAGGGGAAGGGAAUGGUCCCUUAAAAAGGCAUCAAAUCUGUACACUACCAAAAAGCACGAGACGGCUGCGGAAGGCAGCAGUCAGCUCAAAAG